UGUGCACAUUCAAUGUGAGACAGACAAUAAAUAGGCAGAGAAGGCUGUUACUGUGUGGUUUUGGAUGAGCGCCGAAACGGUUUGUAGACUUCGCACAUACACAACAGGAUGUAGCAGCGGCGAAAUAAAGAAGAAAGGAGAAGAAAAGCGCGUGCGAAGAACGGAGGUGUAGAUUGUGAGAGUGGACAGAAGCAGAAGCCGACGGUAGCAGGAUUACCCACGGCAGGUUAUGAUGACAGCACCGCGGCCCGAGCUUCUAACCUGAAGUACCAUGCGCUUUUGUUUGACGCAAUACUGGAUUUUUACGCACUAAACGGACUCUGACUGGCACAGUUCAGAUACUUUUGUAACAGAGGGGAGCACUGAAAGAAAGAGGAUAGGAUGGCGAGCCAGAACGACUGCUGUGUGAAGGUCUCUUUGAGGAUCCGUCCCCAGAUGGCGAAGGAGAAGAUUGAGGGCUGUCACGUGUGUACGCUGGUCACACCCGGGGAGCCCCAGAUGUUGCUGGGUAAAGACAAGGCCUUCACGUACGACUUUGUGUUCGACAUCGACUCGGCCCAGCAGCAGAUCUAUGCUGCCUGCGUCCACAAACUCAUCGAGGGCUGUUUCGACGGAUACAACGCUACGGUGUUUGCCUAUGGACAGACAGGCUCAGGGAAGACCCAUACCAUGGGGACAGGGUUUGACAUGAACGUGCAGGAGAAGGACCAGGGUAUCAUCCCGCGGGCUGUUCGUCAGCUGUUCCUGGGCAUCCAGGAGAGGAAGACACAGGCCCAGCAGCAGGGCACACACCCUCCAGAGUUUAAAGUCAGUGCACAGUUCCUAGAGCUGUACAAUGAGGAGAUCCUAGAUCUGUUUGACGGAGCCAGAGACCCAGACUGUAAGAGCAGGAAGUCUAAUAUCAAGAUCCAUGAGGAUGGCAGCGGCUCCAUCUACACCACCGGAGUCACCUCACGACUUGUCAACUCAGAGGAAGAGCUGUUACAGUGUCUGAAGCUGGGAGCGUUGUCUCGUACCACGGCCAGUACCCAGAUGAACGCAUCGAGUUCCAGAUCUCACGCCAUCUUCACCAUCAACCUCUGUCAGAUGAGAGUCUGUCAACAAACUGAGGAGAAUGGUGAGGUGAACGGAGGUGUAAAUGGAGGUGUGAUUGAGGAGGUGAACGGGGGUGAAAAUGGAGGUGUGAUUGGGGAGGUGAACGGAGAGGUGAAUGGUGUUGGCGGAGAUGGAGGGUCUAUUACCAAGCCUGAGUAUGAGACUCUGAUGGCCAAGUUUCACUUUGUGGACCUAGCUGGAUCAGAGAGACUCAAACGCACCGGAGCAACGGGAGAACGGGCACGGGAGGGCAUAUCCAUCAACUGUGGACUGCUGGCUUUGGGGAAUGUGAUCAGUGCUCUGGGGGACCAGGCUAAGAAAGGAGGACAUGUUCCCUACAGAGACUCUAAACUAACGCGCCUACUACAAGACUCACUGGGAGGAAACAGUCGUACGUUGAUGAUCGCGUGUGUGAGUCCGUCGGACCGGGACUUCAUGGAGACCCUGAACACACUGAAGUACGCCAACAGAGCCAGGAACAUCAAGAACAAGGUGGUGGUGAACCAAGACAAGACCAGCCAACAGAUGUCUGCCCUGAGGGCUGAGAUUGCCAGGCUACAAAUGGAACUUAUGGAGUAUAAAGCGGGUAAGCGUGUGGCAGGUGAGGACGGCUCGGAGGGCUUCAGUGAUCUGUUCCAGGAGAACUCGAUGUUACAGAGAGAGAACGACACGCUACGCAUGCGGGUCAAAGCUAUGCAGGAGACCAUCGACCACCUCAACACACGGGUAACCACGCUCCUCGCCAACGAGGUCAGCACGCUGCUGGCCAAGUCGGGUGAGGGCAAUGAGGAGAUUGGUGCUCUGAUACAGAACUAUAUCAGAGAGAUCGAGGAGCUCAGAUCAAAGCUCCUGGAGAGCGAGUCGAUGAACGAGUGUCUUCGUCGCAGUGUAACCCGUCUCUCCUCCCGCUCCCCGUUCACCAGCUCCUCCUCUCAUAGCUCCACCCCAGGGCCACACCCCUUAGGCUCCUCCCCUUCCCUUUCCAUGGAGGCGGAGAUGACGGAUGUGAUUCGUCGAGCCAAGACGGACAUCGAGAGGCUGAAGAAGAAGGAGAGGAGACAGAGGAGGAUGAGCCCAGAGAAAGAGAAAGGAUUGAAGAAACGAGCGAAGCUUCAUUCUCAUGAGAACGGACAUAAUGGAGAAAACGGCCAGAUGGACUCGGAUGACAACUACACAGAGGACGUGAUGUCACCUCUGCAGGAGGAGGAGAGCGGGUGUGACGAGGAAGAGGAGGAGGAGGAGGGGAGGGACGAAGAGGAGUUUGACAGUGAUGAGAGUCUGGUGGACUCCGACUCGGACUCUGAUGAGAAAGCUAAUUUCCAGGUGGAUCUGGCAGACCUGACGAGUGAGAUUGAGAUCAAGCAGAAGUUGAUCGAUGAGCUGGAGAACAGUCAGAAGAGACUGCUGCAGCUCAAGCUACAGUAUGAAGAGAAACUCAUCCUGCUGCAGAACAAGAUCAGAGACACACAGCUUGAGAGAGAUAGAGUACUGCACAACCUCUUGUCUAUGGAGAACUACACGGAGGAGAAGGCUGGCAGGAUUAAAUCUGAGUAUGAGAAGAGGCUGAAGGAGAUGAACAGAGACCUGCUGAAACUGCAGGCAGCACAGAAGGAACACACGAGGCUACUGAAGAACCAGGGACGCUAUGAACAGGAACUGAAGAAACUGCAGCAGGAGGUCAACGAGAUGAAGAAAGCCAAGGUGGCACUGAUGAAGCAGAUGAAGGAGGAGCAGCUGAGGAGGAGGAUGAUGGAGGCCAAGAGGAACAGAGAGAUCGCUCAGCUCAAGAAGGAGCAGCGACGACAGGAAUACCAGAUUCGUUCGUUGGAGAGUCAGAAGCGUCAGCAGGAGCUGGUACUGAGGAGAAAGAGCCAGGAGGUGACAGCCUUACGACGUUUGGCUAAACCCAUGUCUGGACGUAUGGCGAGACGACUACAGCCCCUAGACUCCGGAGCAGAACUGUCUGCCAGCACCACCUCCUCUGAACCAGAGUCCAACCGGACCACCUCAACCAAAGUCUCGAACAUAGUGAGACAGUGGAACACCAAGAUGAAUGGCUACCUGGGAGAGAGCGAGGGGAUUACCACCAACGGGACACAGGUUGUUGGCAGUAGGACGCGUGUCCAGCAGCGCAAGGGUGUUCUCGUGGGCAGCAGUAGUUUCUCCAAGGCGGCCCGUCAGAAGUGGCAGACUCUGGAGAGGAGGAUCCUGGACAUCGUCAUGCAGAGGAUGACCAUCACCAACGUCGAGGCCGACAUGGACCGACUCAUCAAGAAGCGAGAGGAGCUGUCUGUGCAGCAGGAGGCACUGUUGCGUAAAAGGCAGGUGCUUAUGGCUGAGGGGGAGGGGCCUGACGGGGAGGACCGCCUAGUCCAGGAAAUGAACGACGACAUUGAGGUUCUGAAUGCAAACAUCGACUACAUCAACGACAGCCUAUCAGACUGCCAGGCAACCAUCGUUCAGAUCGAGGAGACCAAGGAUGAGCUGGACUCGGUGGACACCUCAGUGGUCAUCAGCUCCUGCUCUCUGGCUGAGGCCCGACACCUCCUGGACCACUUCCUCAAGGCCUCCAUUGACAAGGGUUUACAGGUGGCUCAAAAGGAGUCUCAGAUCCGUCUGUUGGAGGGCCAGCUGAGACAGACAGAUAUGAUUGGCUCUGCCCAUAACCACAUCAUCCUGGACGCGCUGAGAGAAAAGGCUGAGUGUAUCCCCGAGCUGCAGGCACUCAUACACAACGUACAGCAGGAGAAUGGUUAUGUCAGCACCGACGAGGAGCCUUCAGAGUUUAGCCAGGCCUCUGACGGCAGUGUGUCUCGGAUGAAGUCCUCCGCUAGUCAGGAUGACUGCAAGCUGAAGGUUCAGACUGAGCCCCGGCUGUCAGUCCAGAUGAAAGCGGUAUCGGCAGAGUACCUGGGUCCCGUGUUAGACCCGUCCACUAAGAACAUCACCAAGUCCCUGGCUUCCCUAACAGACAUCCAGGAGAACGGCGGCUCAGGUGGCCUGAGCCUCACUCUCCCCAUCUUUAGAGACAGGGUGUCCAGGACCAUCAGCCUGCCUGUCCGGGGACACACCUUUCCUCGGCAGUCUCGGGGGGGUGACACCUCCCCUCUAACAAGGAGGAAGUCUUAUGACCGAGGCCAGUCUUACAGAAAUGCUGAUGGGCAUACUCCCCCAUCCUCCCCCCCUCUCAGAACUAGAAACGACCGCAAUGUCUUUUCAAGGCUCACCAGCAACCAGAGCCAAGGCUCCGCACUGGACAAGUCGGAUGACAGCGACUCCUCUCUCUCGGAGGUGCUCAGGGGUGUGAUCACUCCCACGGGGGGAGUGAAGGGGGGACGGACGGCGCCCCUCCAGUGUUCAGCCAUAGCAGAGGGACACUCUAAACCUGUCCUCUGUGUGGACGCUACAGAUGAACUGCUCUUCACUGGAUCCAAAGACCGGACGUGUAAGAUGUGGAACCUGGUGACGGGACAGGAAAUCGUCACGCUGAAAGGGCACCCCAAUAACGUGGUCUCGGUCAAAUACUGUUCCUCCUCCUGCCUCGUCUUCUCUGUCUCCACCUCCUACAUCAAGGUCUGGGACAUACGAGACUCUGCCAAGUGUGUCCGCACCCUCACGUCUUCAGGCCAGGUGGUAUCGGGGGAUGCGUGUGUCGGCACCACCACCCGUACCAUCACGGUAGCACAGGGUGAAUACCAGAUCAACCAGAUAGCUCUCAACCCCUCUGGCUCUGUUCUCUAUGCUGCUGCUGGUAACACCGUACGCACCUGGGACCUCAACAGGAUGAUGGCAUUAGGGAAGCUGACAGGUCAUAUAGGCUCAGUGAUGUGUCUCACUGUAGGUCAGUCUCUACUGGGCAAAGACCAGGUCAUCACUGGCUCCAAGGACCACUAUGUCAAGGUGUUUGACGUGGCAGAGGGCAUGCUGGGUAAUUUAGGCCCCGCCCACAACUUUGAGCCUCCGCACUAUGACGGCAUCGAGUGUCUGGCCAUCCAGGGAGACGUUCUGUUCAGCGCAUCACGAGACAACGGCAUCAAGAAGUGGGACCUGGAGAACCAAGAACUCACCCAGCAAAUCCCCAACGCCCAUAAGGACUGGGUGUGUGCGCUGGCAUACGUUCCAGGGCGACCCAUGUUGCUGAGUGCCUGUCGGGGAGGCAUGCUGAAGGUGUGGAACGUUGAUAACUUCACCCCCAUAGGAGAGGUCAAGGGCCAUGAGAGCCCCAUCAAUGCCAUCUGCACCAACUCCCGGCACAUCUUCACCGCUUCCAGUGAUAUGACAGUGAAGAUCUGGUCAGCAAAGGUGGGGAAGAAGAGGUGACGUUCGGUCGGAGCGUUAUUGUGACAUCAUUAUCUGCGGCCAUCUUUACUGAGGGCCUUCGCCACUGACCUCUGACCCUCUCACCUCAACCACCUCAACCAAUCAGGUGUGACGCUGCAGGACUUCACGGUUACCAACCAUGACCGGGACGACCGGUGUGGAUGACGUGUCGUCGCAAAGUUCAGCCUCCUCCGGAAAGAUCCUGAUGAGGAGUGUGUCUUCAACUGAAAGGCAAAACGGGAAGCUUGAGAGUUUUUGCCUUUUCUUGUUUCUACUGCCAAUCCAACUGGAAGUGCAAUUGAGGUGUGAUGGGAUUUGGACAAGACAAAACCUUUAUUGUGCCAGAUAAUGGCUGUGUGAGGACAAAAAUCAGAAUGCCCAUGGGACGUUCAUAGACACAGCUACUGACUGAUUCAUCUACUCUCCUAUUUAUUAGUCAUUCAAUGAAAACAAGGUCUCCCAGAGGUGAACUGACCCUUGGAGAACACCAUUUCUGAGCCAACUAAAGACUAUGUUUCUAUCUUCA